AUGGCUGCAUGGGAAGAUCUCGUGCAACAAGCCCGGCAUGGGAAUGGCUUGGGUGCGAUGGAGGGCUUGCAGCGGCUCAUCAGCGAUGUGAAUCCACAGCUGCGUUACGAUGCCGUGGAGGCCUUGAUGCACAUUGCUCUGGCGGUAUUUGGCAGGGCAGACGCAGAGGAGGUCAAGCUGUGCUACGACCUCUUCAGCCGCCAUCUGUCAAAGAGUGUCGGGGACCACGACGAGUACGUGCGGGCUUUGGCACUGGAGGGCAUUUCAUCUGUGCUUCGCAGAGGCGAUAACGAUGCAGGUAAUCGUGUGGCUGCGCACCUGAAGGACUGGCGUGGCGGCGUUCGCCGCGCAGCCGUGGAGGCAAUUGCACGGCUUUUUGCAGGCGGUUCUGCGCCAGACUCUGUGCUGCGACAACUUGCCGACCAUGUGGAUGACCAUGAUAUUGAAGUGCGGGAGGCCACCGCCCGCGUCCUGCCGAGCAUCUGCCCGGAGGGUAGUCAGGCCGUCAUAGCAGCCCUACUUCCCAAGCUGGCCACGAUCAAGCAGAUGGAGCCGAGGAUACGGACCUGCCAGGUCCUUUGGACCGUGGCGAAGCGGGGAGAUGGCAAGGUCGUCCGCGCACUCUGUGAGCUGCUUGAGAAGAGCGAUGACUCUGGCUUACGACGGGAGGCUGCAAGAGGACUUGGAAAGUUAGGUGCCCCUCGGGUGGAGGAGGACAAGCCCAACAAACACACAGAGACCUGCGUCGCCGCCCUGUGCGCUGUGCUGGGUCGGGCUACCGAGCUGCCGGUGAUGGAUCCAAAGGGCCUCGCAGCGGAGGAGCUUCGCCGCGAGGAAGAGCAGCGGGCCCGCCUGGAGGCAGAAUUGCUUGCGGCGCAGAAGGCGGCAGAGGCUGCGGCCCGAUCCGCCGAGGGGCAGGAGGACGGGGAAGAGGAGCAGGGCGGUGAUGGAGACGAUUCGAUCGUCGAGGUGGAGGAGGCCGCAAGGCAGCCAUCGAAACCGCCGACGCCGCUGCCGGCGGAGAAGCUGCCGGCACAGCAGGAAGCAGAGCAAGAAGCGGCUGCUGAUCCUGUUGACGGCCCCGAUUGGGAAGGAGCCGAUGCAGAAGAAGGGGCACAGCCGCCCAAGGAGGAGGAAGAAGAGGAGGCGGAGCCAGAGCCUGUAGACGAGCCCUGGCCUCCCGAGUCACUCGUCGAGAGAUAUCCGCACCUUUGUUUCGACCUCUUCUUCGAGUUUGAGCCGACGACGAAGGAUGAGGACCCCGGCGUGCGACUGGAGGCGCUGAGUUCGCUGGAGUCGCUGGCAGCACGGGGCGACCGACGCGCCCUAGGGGCUCUCCUUCUGUCCCUCCGGGAUGAGGAUGCCGAGGUAUGCUCUAAAGCCAUGCAGAGCUUCAUUGCUCUCUAUGAGCACGUGCCUGGCGAUCUGGCCAUCGUAAUCGCAGUGGCUCAGAUGAUGAUGGCAGGGAGCAACGUGUAUGGCAAUAGCAACAGCCGCAAAGCCGCUCUUCAGGCCCUGGUCGGCUCUGAUGGCAGCAGCAACCGGGCUUUGGCUGCGGUGCUUUCCCGUCACCUGGAGGCCUUGCGGGAAAGGGGGACCUUGGAGGCCGCGGCGGCGGAGCGCCUGCUGCUGCUGGAGGCUCUCAGCAGAACGGUCCCCGAGGAGCUGCAGGCACACUUGGCGGACAUUUUGCUGCUCAGCCUCUUAGACCAGUCGGUCGAGGUGCGGCUGCUGGCCCUGCGACAUCUGGCGCCCAUGGGACCCGACUCCCCUCGCGUGCGCGGCGUUGCAGACCGGCUCCGCGACAAGCAGCCGGCGGUGAAGGAGUUGGCCGCCGAGGUCUUGCAGACAUGGAACCGUGAGCCUCGAUGUCAGCCCCGGGCGUACAACUCCAGAGGGGACAAGUACAUGCUUGAAGCGGAGCUCAUGGAGUUCACCACCUGA